AAAAAAGCUUUCCUAUAAAAAGAGAACAUUCUCGCAUGGGCCUAUUUUGACUCAGCUAUCCUCCACCUGUCUCACAAUUGCACCCCUACAACCAUACCGCCACAAAUUCCCUUACAAAAGAAAAAACAAUCAUGCAGUUAUUCGCCUCCUCCCUGGUUUCCGUGACCGUCGCACUCCUUUUAGUCUCCAUGUCCCCGUCAAGCAACGUUGCCAACGCUGCAAUAAUAACUCAGACAAAGCUGGUCGAUGAUAUGCCCACCAGAGCGACCGUCGUCAUGUCCAUCGCUGAGGCCAACCUGUCGCAAUUUGUGCCACAGAUGAUCGAGGACAUAAUGUCUAUGGGCGAGUCAAGAGUCGAGGUUAAUGAUAUGGAUGAGCCCGAGUCCGCAGCCAUGCUCACGGCAGUCAGUGUCGACCUGUUCACUGAUGAUAAGCUGGCGCUCUAAGUCCUUGUUUUUUUUUCGAAUAUUGCUUUUCCCAUUUCUGCUGAAUGUUGUAAAGUCGAUCGAUGCUUGGCAUAAAUGCGCAGUUGUUUUCUCAUUUCUCUCUCUUUCUCUGUCAAUAUUUAAUAACAAAC